GUGGAGCGCGGGAGCGCGCAGCCAUCCAGCAGCCAGCAGCCAGAGCGCCGCGGAGUGACUGAGGUGAGGGGGGAGCGAACAGGCGAGGACGAUGCAUCUUUCAUUUGCCAUUUGCGCCACUUGGGCAUCCUCGGUUGCUCGCUGUCGGCCUCGCGGGGUCGGCGACUCUGAUCGUUUGAUCGCUACUCAUCGAUAAUCCAACAGCAGACGGCCUUCUCCUUCGUUUAGGAAGACAAAGGGGAGUCCGGCGGAGGUGAUGUGCGUUGUCGCCAGGGCUCCGUCAUCAAUCUUACAGUGGCUGACCGCUUUUGCUCACUUUGGACUGUUGGACAGAUGCCGGGAGCCACUUUUUGUGAGAGUAGGACCACCUCGUGCGGAGAGUAAACGGCUGGAAGGAAGCACGGAGCGUGUCGUCCAAGGCAACCGGCCCGGAUCUGCCACCCUCUCCCGCUAGCCUCCCACCUUGUUGCCCCACUGUCGUGUCCUCGCCUCUGCUACGGCUUUCCCAUGGAGAGUGCACACCCACCCGUGUAGGAUGCCUACCUCGUCCGACGCCCUGGAUUCCCACCUGCCCGCCACCAAGUCCUCCUUCUCCUCGCGCGCACCCACUCUUGCCAACAGUUCGUUGCGGCCCCUAAGGCUGUGCCCCGCCCCUCUCCAACAUGGUGGAUGAGGCAACCACCAUGAAGGAUGAUGUCAUCAACGCCAACACGUUGGCUUGGCUGGUCUGCUCGGGCGUGUCAAUCCUGGCCAACACGUGGAGCAUCCUCAGCGUCAGCGCCAAGCAGAAGAAGUGGAAGCCGCUUGAGUUCCUCAUCUGCACGCUGGCUGGAACGCACAUCCUCAACAUGGCCAUCCCCAUCACCAUGUACUGCGUCAUAACGCUGCGGCGUCAGCAUUCCAACUACGAGUGGAACGAGGGCUUGUGCAAGGUGUUUGUGUCCACCUUCUACACUCUCACGUUGGUCACCUGCUUCUCUGUCACAUCACUCUCUUACCACCGCAUGUGGAUGGUACGCUGGCCUGUCAACUACAGGCUGAGCAACACCAAGAAGCAGGCGGUGCACACAGUGAUGGGGAUCUGGAUGGUCUCUUUCAUCCUGUCCACGCUUCCAGCGGUGGGCUGGCACGACACCAUAGACCGCUUCUACACCUCCGACUGCAGAUUCAUUGUGACAGAGAUCGGCCUGGGGUUUGGGGUUUGCUUCCUGCUCUUGAUUGGCGGUAGCGUGACUAUGGGUGUGAUCUGCAUCGGCAUUGCUCUCUUCCAGACCUUCUCCAUUCAGGCAGGCCACAAAGCGGACAAGAACAAGUUCAACGUCCCCACCAUCGUGGUGGAGGACGCUCAGGGCAAGCGCAGAUCCUCCAUUGAUGGGUCAGAACCUCUCAAGACUUCGCUGCAAAUCACUUACCUGAUCAGCGGUAUUGUCUUCAUCUAUGACUUUCUCACCGGCUUCCCCAUACUCGUGGUGAGCUUUGCCAGUCUGAAGUUCGAACGAUCUUACAACUGGAUGGUUCUGUGUGUGCUCUGGUGCUCCAUUGUGCAGUCUAUCUUGCUGCCCAUGUUCCUGUGGGCCUGUGACCGCUAUCGGGCGGAUAUCCGCAUGGUGUGGGACAAGUGCGUGGCCAUCAUGUCCAAUGACGAGGUGGACGAGGAAAACAGCCAAGAUGGAGGAAUUCAUGUCGACUUAAUAUAUGACAGACCAUAUGACUAUAGGUCAGCGCCUGAAAUCGUGACCGUAGACCGUAAUGCCAAGUAUGAGUUCUCAACCUUAGAAAGGGGGAUCCCGCAAGGGUAUCCAGUGAGGGAACAGCAGGAAGAUAAAAUGCAGUAUUUGCAGGUGCCCCCUACAAGAAGAUACUCCCACGACGAAACCGACAUGUGGACCAGCGACCGGAUCCCCCCCUCCUACCUUCACCGGUGGGGCUCCAGCGAGGACAUGAUAGUGAGUGGGCACUACAGCUCCACCUUGCCGCGCCGCGAGAGGCGCAGGAACAGCCUGGUCUCCUACCACGAGGAGAGCCGCCAUCAUCAUCACCAACAUCACCACUACUACCACCAGCCGCAGGUCCAUCGCAAGCGGCGGCGCUCUGAGGACGCGCAAUCCCUCAAGCACCUGCCGCGCGUGGCGUGCGGCACUCACGACUACCGUGACGACGACCCGCGCUGCUUCAGCCGCGACGAGGUCAUCAACUUUAUCGACGAGACGCCGCUGCCGAGCCCCAGGAAGAGCCCGCGGCGCGCGUCCUGCACCCUCGCCCUCCUCCCCGGUGUGUACGAGCGUCACGCCGUCACCCUGCCUCACUUUGCGCUCACAGACUUUGAACACGAGCCUCAAGCGCUCAGGUGCUUCUCUGAACACAAAAGCUGCACGAGGAGCUCACCCGGGAAAGGGGGUCGGCAGGUGGGCUCGCCUGCAGGGGUCAGCCGACGGACUCCCCCACCUGCUUGCAGGUCCAGGGCGGGUGCAGCAGCUGACUGGGCCCAACACAAGCAGACGAGCCAGGGGGAUAGUAAAGCAAACACGAACAGUUUUGUAAGCACAUCCUUGGCAUCCUCUUCGGGAUAUAUUACCUUUCACUCGGAUUCUGUUGGCUCCGCUUCCUAAAACAACAACAACUAAUUUCCCAACAGUGUGAUACUUAACUGUUUCGUCAUGGACUAAGCAUUACCUGCUUUUUUUUAAAUUCUUGCAAUCAAUAUUUAAUCCUCCUGUUAUGUUUAUUUCUCUGGUCCACCAAAAAUGUUCACUGGUCAAGGUGACCUGCUGCAUGCAUGUUCAACCAUAACGAUACAAUUAAAAAAGAACAUAAAAAUAGUUUUCUUGCUCCCAUUAAAUCAAUGAGUUUUACAUCAUAUUCAACAUUAUGUCCAGAAAGCCACUGUGCACUUAUAUUUUUUAUUAACAUGUUUCAAUGUAGACUACAAGCGCUACAUACCCAAUAUUUGCUGACCUUUACUGAGCCAAUGCACCCAUUUUACUUUGGAAAGAUCUCACGGCAUACACCAUAUCAUGUAAACGCAAACAAAGCCUAAACAAAGAAUAUGUUCAUCUUUGGUGGCUCUGUGAUGACAUCUUGUGUGUUUAAAAAAAGACAUUGUGGAUGUUAAAGGUCCAACGAGAUGUACAUAGAAUGUGUAUUCUAUAGGCAGGAAGUUUCAAUAUAGAAUAAGUAUGUACCUCUUAUAGUCUAUAUUGAAGCAUGUCUGUCAAUAAAAAUACAAGUGCACAUUGACUUUUUAUUUUGCCAUUACAAGCUUUUUCUGCAUAGGCAGGGGUGUUUUUAUUGUGGGCCACAUCGUAGUUCUGGUUUCCCUUAUGGGGCCGGUUAUGAUGUGCAAUUGCUAGGAGUGUAUGCCAAAAAUCAGGGUUGGGUUCGUCUUGAGUUUAAGUUCACGAUGUGUUUGGGUGCAGUAAGGGAGCAAAAGGCAAAACAAAGUUCACGUUUUGUGUAAACGGAAACACAUUUGAUGACAUUGAACCUCAGUGUCUUGAAUCUUUUCAAUCUGUGACAUCAGUAGUUUUAAGCCUUCCUUUCAAGAAAUGAAGAUGCAGAUAAGUGUAACUGUAAUAUUUUGUCCAGAGAUAAUUAUUAUGCUGUAAAAACACUAGCAGGGCAUUUGUGAUUGCUUUGGCUCCAUCUGAAGAGAAUGUUUAAUUUCUAUUCCGUUCGGUUUGUUGAUGAUGUUUUUUGCUGCCGCACUGAUAUUCAGAUUCGCGUGAUGCCAUUUCACAUAAGUUUCCAAGUUUAACUUUCCACCAAAAGCAUGUUGCCCGCCAUGAUGUCCGUGAACCAGAAGCUGAGCUGCACUGUAUUUGUUUACAGAUUAGGCGCGUGGCCAGAGCGCGAGACAGUUCGACUUCUUGCCCAUUACCUAAUUCGUUGUGUGUAGGAUCCCAAAUCCUCUCCCCAUCAUAUCAUUGUCCAUCUCUUUGAAUAGUUGUAUGAUGAAUAAUUACUUUUGAACAGAAGUCAAAGAAAAAUUGUGGUGUGCGUAAGCAGGCCACAAAAAAGUCCAUGAAGGGCCCACGGCCCUUGAUUUUGACACCUGUGCCAUGUGGUGAUCACAUGAAAAUUGGACAUGAAGCCACGUUUGUGUGUUAAUUCGCGGUUACAAAAGCGAGUGUUUUUUAACCUUCAUUGAGCCAAGGCACCAAAUUUACAUUCGAAAAAUCUCACAGCACACCACCAAACAAAAAGUAUGACUAAUUAAAUAAUGAUGAUCUCACUUUAGUCACUGACUCAGUGUGAAAUCUGGGCCUGUUUUAUUAAACACAAAGCUGAUUUACUUACACAAAGCCAUGAUUUAUUUUGCUGUAUGACUGAUCGAUACAUUGGUGGUUUUGUACCUUCUGGCAUCCAAUGGAAGAGCAUUUAAUUGUUCUGCCUUCACUAUACAGUAUGUCGGUCACGUAGAUAGAUUAACAAAGAUAUUCUUGUAAUUGAUAUUUUUUCGGACAAAUCAAGUGAAAUUUGAUCAUUUGCCCCGGCACCGCUGAUGGUCUCUCAUGUACGCUGGCCUGGAAGUGCAAAACAAUGUAACAAAUUUGGAAACGUGUUUACAUUUCAGAAAACAAAUUAACAAAAGCACAAACACUUUUACAAAAGACGAAACAAAUUACUAUUGAUAAAGCUCGGAAAGGGAACGUCCCAUUUCACAGACAUUCUUCGAAAUCAGAACGCCCUUUCUUGGCAAGACCGCCCCCCUUCAAUAUGAUUGGCUCCUGCAUCGCGGGAAUGGUAGGCCACGCAGAUGUGACGAGAUGUCCGUUCCAAAUAGAAUUUUUAAAAACAAAAAAAGUUUAUUAAGGUUAGGUUUAGGACUAGGGUUGGUGUUAAGGCAGUCUAGGAUGAGUUAAGGUUAGGAUUAUGGUGGUUAAGGUUUACACACACCGAGCACCGCCGCCAAAGCCGACUGACCUAUGGCGAAGUGUGCGUGGUUUGGCAACUGUUUUAUUGAGCAGCCGAUCGGUCGGCCACUGGUUUUGACGCGCUUCAAAAUUAUAAUCUCCGUUGCACGGCGUCUUAACGUCCCAGUUUACAUUCAAUCAAAAUGCACAAAAGCAUCCCCCUACGGUGAAAAUACAUUUCCGGGUUUGCGAGCCGUGCUCCCGCGUUGCCUCGGCUCAAGCCAUAUUAUUAGUACGUAAAGCAUCAAAUGUUGUUUAACAUCAAUGCUAAACUAUAUUCACAAUGUAUAAUGUGCCAGUCGAUGAAAAAGCAUAGCUUGUGACCAGAAUGUAUGCACGGUGGACUUUCAAAAUAAAUGGAGCCGGCAGCUUCCUUUCAAUUAGCCCCAAAUCCCCUUUAAUUCUCGCUAGCAUCCUCUCUCUUUAACAACCUGCUUCUUCCUUCACUCUUAAUCUAUCUUUUUGUGGUUUAAGAAAUGUGAUCAAGUACAAUAUAUUGUAUAUAUAGCAUAAAACGCCUGUACAGGCUCGCUGUUCCGGGGGUCCAUAUAUACAAUCGCUAUUUGGGAUGGACAUCUCCUUCCCGCGAUGCAGAACCCAAUCAUGUUGCGGCGGGGCGGGUCUUGCCAAGAAAGGGCGUGGAAUUUCGAAGAAUGUCUGUGAAAUGGGACGUUCCCUUUGUAAUUUGUUUCGUCUUUUGUAAAAGUGUUAAUUUGUUUCCUGAAUUUUUUUUUGUUCUUUUCUAGAAGUGUUUCUGCUUUUGUUAAUGCGGGUUAACCCUUUUCUGAAAUGUAAAAGUGUUUCACAAUUUGUUAUAUUGUUUUGCACUUCCAGGCCACCAUACUCAUGGCAUCCUGGUUAAGAAUCUCUCAUGUAAGGUACUGUAUAAGCAUGUGUUACAGAUGAAAUGUAAUGCAAAUGAGUGUUUAAUAUUUAAAACAAACAAAAUUGAAACGGCACAGUAUUUUUAAUCCUAUUUUUUUCUAUUUUAAAAUCAACUCCAUAGUUUUAAACAAACAUAACAGGAGGGUUAACUUGCACGUUCACGUAUGUACUCGUCCUCCAUUGUGAAAAGAUGGCUCUUCACCUUUCACAUUCCAGAAUAUUCAGAGGGGACAUGAUUUGUUUCAGCACCUUAACACAAAGUAAUUAUUUCUAGAUGAUAUUCACAUCUUUCUUCAUGCGCUGUGAAGUUGUUGCUAUUGCUAUACAGUAACAUUGAAAGGCUGGAAAAAUCUGGAUUUUAUUUCACAAAACGUGUUUAGCGUGUGUGUAUGUGUGUGUAUGUAUAUAAUAUUAUUGUACAGCUGCUUUUGUUUUCGGACGGGUUCUUUCCUGCUCAUGAGUCAGGACAUAAUACAAUCUCCAUAUUUAUUUUGAUAAUGAUGUACAACUUGUUGUUCCCAAACUGUACAACACUAUUUUUAAAGAUAAAUAAGUGUAGUCGUCCCAAACUUUUCUGUGGAUUGACAUUAAAGGCAAGGGCCCCAAAUUGCUUAUGACAAAGGUCAAGCCAACUUUCAAACCAGUUUGGGAUUAUAGUGCACCCAUAAUUUAUUUCCAUGUGGAAGAUGGUGAAAUACAACCGGAAGACUGACUAAAUGUAGCAUCGUUUUCAUGUUUAGAUUGCUCCGACCUUGCAAUCGAUGACAAAAAGAGAAAACUAUGUAAAAAGCCAUUCAUACAAUUGUUUAAAUUGAGUCCACAAAAGAUGGGAAUAGUUAAGGCAUCGAAAAUGAAGGCAAACCUAAAUGGAUAUCAAGAGUUAAAUGACCAUGUGAAACCAUUAUCCAAGAGUUGCACAUGUUUUUUUUCCAUCUCCUGCUUCAAUUCUGAGUUCUCUUCUCCAGUGUUUUGUUGUCACUUGUAUUACUGCACGUUUGUCAUUGAAACAUCACACAUUACAUUCCCCUUUUGUAGAACUUUGACUUUUUAUUGUAUACACCAUCUGAAUAUAUAAUUUUGUAACAUAUUCAAAGAUCUGUGAGUCAACGAAUGAUGUUUAAUUGUUAUGAGUUCCUAGAUGACGACUUUGUUUGAAAAAGGAUGUGAAUGAUUAAAUUCCUAAGAUUA